AUUCCCGGCGCUGAAAUGUAAUGAUCCAAUUUACCUCCAAUUUUCACUUUUAUUCACGCGGUAAGUGAACUAGAAUAGUCAAAAAUCGGCUUCUGAAAAUUACCGUCUGCAGUUCUGAAAAUAGAUCUAGGGUUUUUACUGUGGUGAUCUAUAUUUGUGAGAUUGACCUCGAUUUGUUGAAGGAUAGCCCACCCUGGUGAACAACUUGUGAAAGAAGGUGUUUUACCCAAAAAAAGGUACUAAGAAUGGCUGCUCAAUCCAAAAAGAAAAAGAAUCAGAAAGGUUAUGCUGAGGAAACAGGUGAUUCCCCUGUCAAAAAGAAGCAAAAGAGAAUUUCACUUCCUGGUAUAGUUAUUCGAGAACCGAUUUCUGGCCAAGUGAAGGGACCACUUACAAUUCAACAAGAUAAAAAUAAGGGAAAAGGAAAAAUAAUUUUAGAUCCCGACUCUGCCAAAGUAAAGAAAUCGCGUACAGUGCAACAAUAUAAAAACAAGAAUCCAGAUCAAAUGAUUGAAGGUGAGUGUUCCAAGGCAGCUGAACGGAAAAAAAAUAAAGGAAAAAGAAUGUUGAGUGAAGGUAAAUUUUGUGUAAAAUAUUAUAUUGUGAUGCGUUGUUUACUGAAAUCUCGUCAUUUGUUUUACAUAUAUAAUCAUGAUAUUUGUUCAUGUCUGUGCCAAAAUUCAGAGGACAAAAAUGAAGAAAGAGAGAGUUCAGAUGACGAUGAUUUUGAGGUUGUGCAUCCAAGGGUUCAAAUCGCGAACCUCAUGGAUGUACGGUGCAAACGAAGAGGAGUGAAGGAAAACUUUCCGAAGAAAAAAAAGGUCAGACAGAUUAUGGCAUCUGUUCCAGGUCUGAGAACACGGACUUCGCCAGCAUCACUGUUCAAGAAAAUUAGCUUGAUGAAUGAAGCUCAAAAACAAGCAGUACGUGACAUGGGAUUUGGGUCCGUAUUGCAGUUAGGUGUCAGAAAAUUACCUGGAAAACUAGCUUUCUGGGUAGUUGAGCAUUUCGACUGCAAGAGGUGUUCAAUUGUGGUGGGUGGUAAUCAAGGUAUAAGGGUUGAUGAAGAUGACGUGUAUAGAGUUUAUGGUUUUCCAAAAGGCAAAAAGGAAAUUGAGAUAUUCGAGAGAAAACAUAGAAGUCCUCUGUAUGAUGAGUGGUUGGCAUUCUUUGAAGAUUCAACUAAGGAUGACAUAAAGAUCACACAUGUGUUGGACGUGAUGAUAGAAAGGGUUGAUGCAGAUAUAUGGUUCAAAAGACAUUUCAUAAUUGCCAUGGCAUGUUGUUUGAUUGAGAGCAUGACCAAUGGGACAGUGCAUCCUUACAUUCUGAAUUGUCUUCAUGAUAUGGACAAACUAAGAGAGUGGAAUUGGGGGGCCUAUGUUCUGGACAGUGCAUGUGAUCAGAGACUUUCAUGGGACAAAAAUAAAAAGAAAGUUUUUGCAGGACCAGCCUUGUUCUUGACGUGCCUUUACGUCGAUCGCAUACAGGUUUUCGGAUCACCAUCAAGGAGAGAAUUUCCUAUCAUUUCAAAUUGGACUACGUCCACUUUGUUGAAAAGGCAAAAGAAAGAAUUGGUUAACAGUUACUUUGGUGGUGGAAGACUUAGAACACCGAUUAAGCUUCCUGAUGAAUAUCAGAUUCAGCAUGAAACGGAUGGGAGGAAUUUGGCAGAUGAACAGCCGAAGAAAUCAAGUACAGAUGGAUAUGGACAACAUAUCAAUCUGGGACUGAGAAUCAUGCAAGAAGCAGUAGCAAUAGCAGUAGAGAACGCAUCUAGGAUUGAGAAUUUUAAAAAAAUGGUGAGCACGGCAACGACUUUGGAUUUGAAUGACCAGACGUUUAAGGAUAACGUCAUAACAGCUUGUAAGAUGUUGAGAAUCGAGAUCAAUAUCAAUGAAUUGAGUAAAGCUCAAGAUGAGACAAACAUUGGGGUGGAUAAAAAUCAAGAUCAGCAACUUGAUUCGAAUGACAUGUCCAUUAAGGAUACCGGUAUGCCAGCUUCUGAUAUCAAUGAAUUGAGUAAAGCUCAAGAUGAGACAAACAUUGGGGUGGAUAAAAAUCAAGAUCAGCCACUUGAUUCGAAUGACAUGUCCCUUAAGGAUACCGGUAUGCCUGCUUCUGAUAUGUUGGGAGUUGAGAUGAAUAUCAAUCCAGUAGAAAAAUCUCAAGAUCCGGCUAACAUAUUUCUGUAUGAUGAUCCAAUAUUCGAAAGCGAAUUAGUUGAUCUUGUGGACAAAGCAUCUGCCGAGUCUGAUACUUCGAAGACAAAGCACUUCGAGUGUGCUUUUGAUAUUCCCACGUUUGAUUUGCACUUCACUCCUCUAGACCCGACAAAGGAACAUGAUAACACAUAUCAACAGAAGGAAUCUUUGGAGGUGGCUGGAAUUGAGCGGAACGAUGGAUACCAGACAAUGACGGGGAAUAACGUCAAGGAUGUCCAUGCAAAUAAUGUGGAUGUGUCGAAGAUCAAAGAAAAACCUCUAAGGGACAAGGAUACAAGCUCGGCGGAUCUGGGAUUGAAUAAGGAUAGUGAUAUGCAAAAAGCUGUUGAGGUUAAGAAUAACAAAGGCAAUGAGCCUUUAACUUAUAUUAGUGCAUACGGAGUUAGAAUCAGGGGAAAGCCGGCAGCAAGUAUAGGAUCCCCUUUGGGUGAUGUUGGAAAGGGGAAAGAAGCAAGCUCUGGUAAGAACGUGGGAGUGCCGAAAGAUGAUCAGACGGCUAGAGGGACUGAUGCAGUGGUACUUCAAAAGAAGACAAGUUCAGGUGGUGAUCGUUUGCCACUAAUCCCAGUUAACUCAAAUAUCAUGACUGGAACAGCACGUAAUACCAUCACUUCAAAGAGGACAAUGUUGGCGAAAGGAGCAAAAUUUCGAUCACCAUUUUGUCAAAGGGAAAUUUCAACAACGAAGAAUCUAACCAAAUGUGAGAAGGAGUUGGGUAUAUACGCUAUGUACAAAGACACGUGUGAUUGGUACAAUGACAAAACCCAAAACUGUUAUAAUUAA